AUGGCGUCUGCCAGGAUGUCGCCGACGGCGAACUUACUGCGCAAGUCGCGUUUAUUUGCACUGCCUCAAACUCUCAAAGCCCCCAGUGAUCCACUCACGUCUAGAGCUGCUUUCGAAUCCAAGACCGCAACCCUGCCUCACCCCAUUCGAGCCUCCAUCGUUACACCGCAAUCAUCACUAGCUCGAGGCGAUUGGGGUCUGAAGCGACCUCUCCCGGCUAAGUCGACAUCGGAGAAAUCAUCCAGACCUGUCGUCAGGGUGCACGCCCUCGAUACAUAUGAACAUGUCACCGACUUCGAAUCCGCCGCAGAUCACACCAUGACACUCGAGAAGUUCCAGGAGAUGCACAUCCCGAUGUCUCUUCCUUUCAAAGUCAAUUACGCAACAAGUGUUGUGCCAAGGCAUCAAAGUCCGUUCGAAACGCACCUCGAUAAUACCGAGAACAGCCAGGGUCUUCAGGAACCUGGUGCCAAACAAUUCAGACACACCGGCCCUUGGCUUGCUGGGCAGACGGAGGCAGAAUUCAAGGCGUAUUUGAAGCAAGUGACUAGCAACAAGCCGGAGCUCAUGGAGAAGCUUCGUGAACAGUUUGCUGCCAAGCGGUCUGCCGAGAUCCGGAAAGUGGCACAGGAUAAUGGAGAGGAUUUGGAAGCCCUUCCUACAACUGUUACAGAUGCAGAGUUCAAUUACUACGUCAAGACUUUGCGUAACGACCCCUUCGCUCUAGGUUCAGUGAUCUUCGAGCUGCUAGACCUUGCAUCUCCCCCUGCGGUUCCCAGCGAGCGGAUCGGACGCAAGUACUACCAACCCUCUGGAACGAAGUUGUCCUCGGCCGAAUAUGCCGUCUCAGGACCCCCGAAGACACACCCUUCUGCUGGUCUCUCUUACAUGCGAUCACACGCUCUGAUCAAGAACCACCCCAAGUAUGGCCCACAAGCCUACCAGCGCCCCGUGGAGGCCCGCGUCUUGCGCCCUAAGGGUCGCUUCAAGGGACGCAUGGCCCGAGCCCUGGCAGGUAUCGGUGGUAUUGCCGUCGAAGACUUGAACUCCAUGACCUUUGUUGAGCAGGGUACACCUCCGGGUCUGACAUUCUUCGAUGCGUCCAUCCCCGGUGGAGGCAAAUACUGGGUCACUCCCAUCCGGGCCGCCGUUGAUUCCAACGGCCGUAUUGGCCUCUCAUCUUAUCGCGCGAGUGCGACUGCCAAGGCUCCUUACGCAAUCGAAGAUCACACCAAGCCGAGUACCCUGACUAUCUCCGACGUUGCGACCUCCCCAUCCCAGAUUGUCCCAAGAUUGGACAGACAGCCAUUUGGCCAGCCUCGGUUCCAGGCUUCCAAAGAAAGCCGAACCCCGAGACGCCCCACCAGGGGUACAGAGGACGUUGCACGCAGCCUUCUCGACAACCUCAACUCUAGGUCAUAG